UUAGUUAUAGAAAUAUAAAUUAUAGUGUGGUGUGUGUUCGUAGUGGAAAAUCGUUAGUUUUUCAAUUAAAGUUUCUAACUAGGUACCUACCUACUUUUUGUGUGUUAAUUUGCGUAAAAUAAAAGCUUCACAUUAUGGAAGAUAGAACGGAAAGUUCAAGUGAUGUCUCCGACGCUCCCUGCAGAAGACGCGGACGACCGAUGGGAAAGAACCGAGUUCCGCUUUCCAUUAACGAGCGGAGGGCAAGAAACGCGCAGUACGAAAGAGAACGACGAAUAGAAACAUCGGAAGCCAUGGCGGAGCUGGCUGAAGCAGCGAGAUGUGAUACUAAUCUAAGCAACUGUGAUUUAUUGGCUACGGUCAUUAAACAACUUCAAAGGGCAGCUCAAUUCGACUCUACACGAGACAUCGAAGAACUCAGACGGAGUAACGCAAAAUUAAUAAAAGAAGUUGAAGAUUUAGAAAAACGACUAUCUAAUUUGGAAAACAAUAAACGCAGCAAAGAUGUGGAGAAAGAUACAUUAAUAGUUGGUAAAAGAAAAAGAAAAUCUAAUAGAAGGGAAAAAUCUGCAAAAUUUAUGAAAUCAAGUGAGGAUUUCUUUUUGAAUACAGAAUCCAAUAUGAAAAUUUCACGUAACAGCACGGAUGCUGAAGAAGAGUUAGUAGUAUAGCACUGUUCCCGCAAUCGUCUGAUGAAAUAUUAAUUACCUAGAUAUAAUCCCAAUAUCGGACUUGCAAAGUUCAAAGUGCCUUGACAAGAAAAAGGCAGCAAUUUGAAUACUGUGAUUUUAUUUUUUAUUAAUAAUAUUAUGUAAAAUACACAUAAUAUAAUC